AUGGAAGGCCACAUCGGGGACCAACCUUGGAGGUUCAUCAUCAGGCUGUACAAGCCCCUGUGUGUUCAUCUUUGCCUCCCAACUCCCUUUGCGCGGGAGAUGGAGCUCGAACAACUGCGUGUUGUGAGGUUGCACAUAAGGGGCUGUGGGAACGACAGCAUGUGGGUUGAUAUCGACUUCCCUACCCCUCAUGUGAUGUAUCUCCGCCAUGGCUGGAAUACUUUCGUCCGUGCCCACGGCUUCUCGGAGGGGCACGUUCUCCAGUUCAAAUUCAUGGAGAGCGGCCUGCUCUCCGCCAAGAUCUUUGGGCGCUCGGGAGGUUGCUUAGGGUGCUGCGCGGAGAGCUCCAUCGACGAUGAAAGCUCCUCCUCGCGCGGAAGCGACGAGGAGGAUAGUGACGGCGAUGAUGACGGCAGCGGGCGGCAGGGCGAUGACUCUGACUCCGGCUGA